AUAAUAAGCGACAUUUCGGACUGAUUCGACGGCUUCAAACAGAGGCAUACCCAGACAGACUAAACAUUGAGAGGCCUAUAUCAACUAUGUGCCAAAUUAUGGUGAUGUACUGCUUUAUCCAUCUCUGAAUCUACCCAUCCUGCCAUCAAUGAUCAAGGUCACGUUCAAGGGCAAUGUGAAGGUCAUAGAUAACUCAGCAAAUAAAGAAGUCAAUGAUGGCAUCACACAGCAGCAAAGAGAGCAUACGAAGAAUGAUUUGGGAUUAUCUUGAAGAGAACGACCUAGCAGAGUUUCCACGGCCGGUACAUCACAGGAUACCAAAUUUCAAGGGAGCAGCUGAAGCCUGCAACAGACUGGGUAGAAUGGGGAUCUUUCAGAAAGCAAAGACGAUAAAAGUAAAUCCAGACAAGCCGCAACAACAAGCGAGAUUCCUUGCUUUAGAGGCACACAAAACUCUGUUAGUCCCUACUCCUCGGCUCAGGACCGGUCUGUUCAAUAGGAUUACCCCUCCAGCUGGGGCUAACAAGAAGAUGCUUAGAACCUGUUCAUCUUCACAGGGUGUGAGGCAAUACAGCUCACCAGUAGGCUUGGAUGCAGCGGUCAAGGUUGACCUGGUCAUCAUCGGGUCAGUUGCUGUCUCUCCUAAAGGUUACAGGAUUGGGAAGGGUGAAGGAUAUGCAGACAUGGAAUUUGCCAUGAUGUCAUCAAUGGGUGCGGUUAACAAGGAUACCGUUGUCAUAACGACGGUCCACGACUGCCAAGUCAAGGAUGACCUCCCUGACCAUUUAUUUGGAGACCACGACCUGGGCGUCGAUUUCAUCGUGACGCCGACGAGGACGAUUGAGUGCGAGAAUAAGCGUGCGAGGCCGAAAGGAAUCGUCUGGGAACUGCUGACGAGGGAGAAAUUCUCACAGAUUCCGGUGUUGGAGGUUCUGAGGAGGCGGGAAGCGGAGAUGGGCGUCGAUGUCAGGCUGAAAGAAGAAAGAUCUGAAGGUAGUGUUGACUGUCACACAGGAAAGGAGCAUAUAAACAGAAGAGUAGAGGAGAGGGAUAGAUUUGUAGACUCAUCCACAGCCGCUACUGCAAACAAUUAUAGCAAUGAUGAAGCGUCACUGUUAGGAAUGCAUGGCAAAAUGCCUGGUGUGGAGUCUAGUUACAAAGGAAAAAGAUGUACAUCAGACAGAACGGACACAAGAGUUUCUCAAGGAUUGGUGGAUAAGAAGAAUGGAGACAAUGAUAAAAAUGGGACAGAUGAAAGGUCAAAAGCAUAUGAAAUGAAGGGUCAAAGUGCAAAUAAUAGUCAAAGAUCAAAGGGUCAUAAGCCAAACUCUGGAAGAAGGAAAGAUUUAGCUGGUAUGUUUGCGUGGAACUAAUCAUUUUUGGUUGUUCUUCUAGGUUCACUGAUUAUCUGCAAAAGUGAGCCACCAGCAUUACGUUGGUGAUACUGAACAAAUAAUUAAUUUGCAAAUUAUCCCUCUGAUGGAUGUAAAAUAAUAAAAUGAUAUAAGAUUUGUA